CCAGGGGUCAGCGGUGGCCGCUGGGUAGCGGCGCGGGCCGCUCAGCACCUCAGACCUUGCUCUUCCAGUCGCCGAGGUGGCGGGCCGACCCCUGGGCGGCCAGUGCAGACGGCCGCCAUUCCCGUGUCGUUGCGCCCGCGGGGGCCGCCCGAGCCGGCCACCAUGCCGCUGGGCCUGAAGCCCACCUGCAGCAUGUGCAAGACCACAUCGUCCUCCAUGUGGAAGAAGAGUCCACAGGGCGAGAUCCUCUGCCAUCAUUGCACGGGCCGGGGCGGCGCGGGCGGCGGCGCGGGAGUGGCGGGCGUGACCGGGGGAGGCGGCGGCUUCAGCACCGUCACCUUCGCCACCACCUCGGCCGGCCCUUCGCAGAGCAACGGGGCCGGGGGCGGCAAGCAGAGUAAGCAAGAAAUUCACAGAAGGUCCGCUCGGCUCAGAAAUACCAAGUACAAAUCUGCUCCAACCGCUGAAAAGAAAGUUUCCACCAAAGGAAAAGGGAGAAGACAUAUUUUUAAGUUAAAAAAUCCUAUCAAAGCUCCUGAAUCUGUUUCUACCAUAGUCACUGCAGAGUCAAUCUUCUACAAG